AUGGCCGAGACUAUGGCCAUGACCGCCGGACAGGCUACCAUCUACCCUACUAUCCUGGUCGACCACGCCAACGAAUCCGACAACCAUAACACGCCCAGCUUUUUCUACAGCCCAUUCUACCCCUGGACCUCACCAAUGCCAAGCAUUGGCCAGUUCGCCUCUGGAAUCAGCGAAGACGGCGACGGCAAAAUCUCUCAACGGUGGGGGUCCGUUAUGGGAUUGGGGAUCGUGCUGGACCGGGUCGUCCUUGUGGAGCCGAACGAGGAGGCAUUCAUGGAUGGAGCGACUCCCCGGAUUACUCGUUCGCAACUCAUUGAGUAUUGCAAGGCUGACGAUAAUGCCGUGCCUGGUUCUGAGCUUGAAAUUGGGUCGCAGGCUUAUGGGCUCUGGGGGCCUGGUAUGGGAUACGCUACGUAUGGCAAGGGGAGGGUGGUUGGCAUUUUGGAGAACGUGAUGGUCUUUAUGGUGCGAUAG